CAUGUCGUAUCAACUCGAUGUAUUCCUGGCCGCGACCGCCCUGGUCUGCUACGCUGCAUAUGCCAUAUCGCGAUGGUAUCUCGCCCAGGGAGGCAAGGGGACUGGCGCAAGCAGUGCAGACAAAGAAGGCUUGUCCAAAGAGCAACCUCGAAUGCCGCCUCCUCGACCUGACACGACGCUGACGCCGGAGACGCUGGACGGCCACUCGGCGCGCGACCACAUCUUUGCAAACAAGACGAUUCGCUACCCCUACUUUCAGACGAUGGCCCAUCAGCCAAUGCUGCCAGAGCAUUGGAUCGAGCCGGACCACUUCUACCGCGCCGAUUUGGCUUACAAGAAACAGCUCGUGGAGACGCAGGGAGCUGUCGUGUGCGACACUCUGCCGUGCGUCGAUGAAGCAUGCGGCGAGCUGCUUGAGCUGCUUUCGCAAUGGCUCGUCACGCGAUACCCGCGCCUCUUUCAGUGGAUUGAACCAGGAAGAAUCAUUCACAAUCUCGUCACGGAGGAGCGCUUGGAUCUGUACAACCCGAACGGUCAGCUCAAAUCCGGUACAUCGGCAUUGCGAGUCGUCUCCGGUCUCGUACAGGACGAUUUCCUCAUCGCUGCCCCUCUUCAAGACGGCUCUUGGAUUUGCGCUGGCGGCUUGGUAGCUUUCCCGGGCUUCUAUCUCCUCUCCGACAAGAUUGGCCUCUCGCUACACGAUACCCACUCGCCCGUGCCCGAUUUCAACGAGAAGCUGCUCAAGAGCGUCGAGCGAUCCUUUACGCGGAUGGCCGCAGAUAAGCCCUUUGAGCGGACGAGCUGGGGCUUCACCGAGCCCGACGACGAUCUCUUCUGGACGCCACUCGCAGGACCUCUUCCCCUACAUGUCGGCAAGAACGGCGCUCGCGCUCAGCCCGUGCGACCUUGCCAUCUUCAAGGCCGCGCCCCUGAAGCAGCGCAGACCGAAGACGCCUCUAAGCUACUCUUGCGCCUCGACCACCAGACGUUUGUCAAGAUGCCUCGCACUGGCGUAAUCUUCUUUGGCGUUCAUCCUAUGCGUCGCCCCUUGUCGGCGCUCGAGCACAGCCCGCUGCUACCUCAAUUGCUGCUCAAAAUACACCAGGACUCCGCCGACCGUUUUCUCAAGUACAAAGACGCCCCGUCCUAUCAGAAUUCGGUCUUGCCGUAUCUCGAGUCGCUUCAUCGCAAGCAGUUGGAAAGCGGGGUCAUCACGGAGGAAGACGCGGCUGACCCUGCGUCAUUCCGACGCUUCAAUGAUGAAGCUGCUCUUGACACCUGAGCGUCGGACGGCGACGCUCUGAUGGGAGGACUUCCCUUGGCACCCGAGCGCCAGAUGUCGUAUCUCGCCCCCGCUUGUUAUUCUCCGCUCGCGCUCAUUUAGCCUCAAUUAUGAAUCCAAGUGUGACCCUGCUUUAGCUCCUGGGUCU